AUGUUUUAUUCUGGAAUACGCGGAAAUUUAUGUUCAGAUGUACCGUCACUAACUGGACCACGGCAUGAUGUUGUCAUUUGCGGUAGCAGUGCAGUGGUGCAGCAGCCAACCAUUCGUCAAAAUGUUGCGACACGUAGAGUUUUCCGCCCUUCACGUGAAACACAAGCUGGAUCAAGUGUGACUGAAGAGUGGGUUAGCAAUACUGUUACUGAAAUUGGUGGAAGUAGUAGCAACAGAAGCAGCAGCAGCUUACGGAGACAGCAUCUUUUCACUCGUUCCAAUCGUACUUCACGUGAACAGAGUCUAGCUGUUCGAAGCUUAAACGGCGCUUCGAAUUCUAUAUCACGCACUGCGACCAUGGUGGUGGAAUUGAAUGGUUCACGGUCACGCAUCCAGUCAAAUGCUAAUCCUGCGGGUUCUUAUUAUGAGGACAUGUUCUGUCCAAGUCGGUUUGAUAUAAUAAUCAGUUCUUCACCACCACCGCUUGAAGUAAUGGAAGCAUAUGCAUGGAAUCCAGAUGAUCGCUCAUUGAAUAUUUUUGUUAAGGAUGAUGAUCGAUUGACAUUCCACAGACACCCCGUUGCUCAGUCCACCGACUCCAUUCGUGCUAAGAUUGGUUUCUCGAAAGGUUUCCAUGUUUGGCAAAUUAGAUGGCCACAGAGACAAAGAGGAACUCAUGCUUCAGUUGGUGUAGCAACGAAAGCAGCAUCAUUGCAUGCUGUUGGUUAUACUUCACUUAUUGGUUCGAAUAGUGAAUCAUAUGGAUGGGAUUUGAUACGCAAUAAGUGUUACCAUGAUUCAAAGAAUACAAACGGUUGGACAUAUCCUAAAUGUAUAUUACGCGAUGAAAAUCAUCUGGCACCUGAUCAGUUCUAUUGUAUUCUUGAUAUGGACGAAGGAUACAUGGCCUUUGCUUCUGAUGCUGAUUAUUAUGGUGUAGCAUUUACGGGUUUGAAAGGUCGAGAAUUAUAUCCAGUUGUUUCUGCUGUUUGGGGUCACUGUGAAAUUACGAUUAAAUAUCUUGGAGGACUUGACCCUGAACCGUUAACGCUUUUGGAAUUGUGCCGACGAUCAAUUCGAACAUAUUUAGGAAAAGAACGUAUCUGUCGAGUACGGGAGCUGAAGUUACCAACCGGCCUAAAAAAAUAUUUGCUACACAAAUGCUAA